AUGGCCAUCACUCAAGUCCGACCGGCCGAGGUUCCUCGCACCAAGCUGCCAUACUAUGACCUGGCUACUCACAACGAAGCCGACGCCAAGCAGGCCACUCAGCAGUACCACGUCUCGACUCUCAAGGCGUCACCCGUUGUUAAAUCUCAUACUUCUAUUAUAAAGGCAUUCACGGCAUUUGUUGCCGGCGUCACUGAUCUCGAGGACGUUGCAUUCAUCGCCACUUAUGCCGAUACCCACGGCGCCGUUCCCGAGCGCCUGCUCGCCACAGCCUCCAUCCCUGCGACCUCAAAACCACGCAUCUUUACAUCAGACCACAUCGAAUUCGCCACGUUCCCCGCAGAAGAUUUGAAUGAAACCGAUCUCGACUUUGAAAUCGAAAUCAUUCCUAACAUCACACCAGUAACUCCAGCGGCUUCUCGUGCUUUCCACUUGACAGUACAGCCCUCUGAGGACGGAAGUGUCGCAGACUUGACGCUCUCGAUAAACGCCAAGCAUGGACACUCUGUGCUGGUCACGCACAUGCUGGAGCUUGUCGCCAAGUAUCUGGCCGAUUCAGCGACCCUAGGCCCUGAGACGAAAAUGUCCAACUUAAACUACCCUCCCAAGCUGUGGAAGGCACCCGUUCUCAAGACCGAUCUACACCUUGAGCAAAACUAUCCCGCUUUGAUGCACGGUGCUUUCGAACGACGUGUCCUCGAAUAUCCCAAUCGCAUCGCCAUCGAAGCCGUCGCCGAUGAUUCCUUCACAGUCCGAAAGUGGACGUAUGUCCAGCUCAACGCUGACGCCGAGGGCCUCGCGGAAGAGCUUCUCCUCAUGGAGCGCACCAUUAACUGGACACCCGCCUACAAGAACCAGCGUGCCAUUCCUUUGUUUCUGCCAGCUGGCCCCGAGUUUUACAUUACCGUCACGGCCAUGCUCAAGACUGGUCUAGCAGUCUGCUCGCUGCCUACGGAUGCGCCUCCCCAGCGUCUCCUGGAUAUCGUACAAGACACCAAGUCGUCUGUCGUCAUUGGCAUCGGGAGUGUACCAUUCCCCGGCGUCAACCUGGACGAUGGCUCUGAAGCUGCCGAAGCCCUCAAGAAGCUGACUUGGGUUGACGUAACCGACUUUACCAACUGGCGCUCUGGCUUCACUGUUGAUCUUCAGAUGCCCCUGUCCCAGCACCCACCUACAGAGGAGGACCUGGCAUACAUUCUCUACACUAGCGGCUCGACAGGAAAGCCCAAGGGUGUUCUCAUCUCACACUCCAUGGCCACCUGUGGUGUACAUGGCCACGCCGAGGCCUUUGAGCCUCUGCCUGCUGGACCCGAACUGCGCUGGCUGCAGUUUGCCAUGCCUACCUUUGAUCUCUCCUUGAUGGAGCUCUAUGUCACGCUUGGAUACGGCGGAACUGUCUGCUCGGCCGAGCGCUCCCUCAUGCUCUCCGAUAUUGAAAAGACCGUCAACUUCUUCAAGGCCACGUCGCUCUUUACCGUCGCCAGCAUGGCCACUCUGCUCAGACCCAAGGCGCUGCCGACCCUGACCACAAUCAUCUCUGGUGGCGAGGCUCUUACCAAGUACGCUAUCGACAACUUUGCUUACGAUGCUCCUCGCGAACCCAAUACCGAGCCCAAGCGGGUCAUUAACAUUUACGGCCCUACCGAGGCUACCAUGUGCGCUACCUUUGAGAACGCUGCCCUUGGUACCCGUGGCUCCAUCGCCGGUACUCUCUUCUCCUGCGCCUCUGUGGUUCUGGUUGAUGCCAACUCCUCCGAUGAUCUUAUCCAAGUCCCCAUGGGUCUCACUGGUGAAAUUGUUUUUGGUGGCCCCAUGGUCGGCUAUGGCUACAUGAACCGUCCUAAAGAGACUGCCGAGGCCUUUACUUCUGGUCUGGGCCUGGGUCCUGUAUACCGCACUGGUGACAAGGGCCGCAUUGUCUUUAGCCCCACGGGCGAGCCCAAGCUUGAGAUUCUCGGUCGCUUGAACAUGGAGCAGGUCAAGCUCAACACCCGCCGUGUCGAACUCGGAGAAAUUGAAUCCACCAUUGCCAAGGUCGAGGCUGUCCGCGAGGUUGCUACUGUUGUGCUCAACGGCAGCUUCCUGGCUGCCUACGUUGCUGUGCGCGACAACUUUAGCGACGUCACAAGCGAGGCCCUUGUUUCGCAGUGCCGAGAGGUUGCAGAUGAGGGUCUUCCUGGAUGGAUGCGACCCGUUGAGUAUAUCGUCGUACCCAAGGUGCCUCGCACUUCGAGCGGCAAGAUUGACCGGAAGACGCUUCAAAAGGUGGCCAUCGAAGAUUUUGGUAGCUCUAUCACACAGAAGCAAGCCAUCAAUGACGACCUGACAUACGAGGGUACCGUCGAUCUCAAGGACAAGGAGAGUGUCUCGGCCAUGCUGAAGCACGUUCUCAUUGCUAUUCUCGGCGAGGGCGCCGUUGAUAUCGCCGAAUCCUCACUCGCUCUUACGACUUACGGCCUUGACAGCCUGCGAUCGAUGAAGCUUCUGCAGGAGCUCAGACGCCAGGGUGUGGAGGGUCUCGCAAUCAAGGACGUCCUAGUCGGCCAGCACUUUGCCGACGUCGUCAAGUCGAUCCUCGAGGUGCACCUGGCCCAGCUCAAGGAGGCUGAAGAGGCUGCCGCUGCCAACAACGAUGAACUGAUUGAGAUUGAGGACGAAGAAGAGAUUCUGUUCCUUCCACUUGGUGCCAAGCUGAAGCACUUUGACCACACUUGUCGAUCAAAGUGUGCUGAGGCGCUCAACAUCCCCAGCGAGGACAUUGCCGAGGUCCUGCCCGCCACUGGUCUUCAGACCCGCGUGCUCUCCAGCAUCGAGGAGUCGAGAGAUAUCCUCAAAGUCAGCAAGCCCUGGGUUGAGCACUACCCUUACCUCGUCCCUGACCACAUCGACUCUGAUCGCCUCGAAGCUGCCGUCAUCAAGGCGCUCGAGGGCCGCGACGCUUUCCGAACCGUUUGGGUCCAGGUCGAGCACCCCCUCGCCCCCUAUGCCCAGUGUGUGCUGUCUCCUAGCUCGCCUCACGCCAAACUCCCCGUUCUUCGCAUAGAGUGCUCCACCUACGACGAGAAGCCGGGCAGCCUGUGGCACAGGACCGUCGACAAUGUCCAGAGGUCUGCAGAAGAGAUUUUUGGUCUCCGCAGCCUCGGCUCCGUGACGUCCUUUGUCCGCUCGGCAGACAAGAAGCACUGCGUCGUGGUGUUUUCAGUGUUCCACGCCAUCUACGACGGCAUGAGUCUCCAGGCGCUGCGUCGCGACAUUGCCGAGGCUUACCACGGUCUUCCCAUCUCCAGCGCCGGAAAGCCGGGCGUGCGCGUGCCUGUCGAGGAGCAUCUCAAGUCCGACUGGCUCGGCACCAGCAUGUUCUGGGCUCAGCGCAUGGCCGGCGUUGCCGCGUUCAAGGCCGGUAGCAGAGCGUUCAAGACGGAGGGAGCCGAGUUUACCACCGUCAACACCAAUGUCGGCAUUGCUAGCGAGAGCCUCGUGUGCAACUUUAGCACUGGCGAGCUCUUCGCCAAGGCCAAGUCGGAGGGACUGUUCACGCCCAUGGCCGUGAUUCAAGCGGCCUGGUCCAUGACCCUGGCCCAAACGCUUGUCGGAGACGAGUCUGCUCCCAAGUACGACGUGCAGUUUGGCAGUGUCUUCCACGGCCGCCACACGGCCGACUCCCUGGAUGCAUUUGCUCUGAUGCUCGAUGGUCUUCCUACGCGCAUCUCCUUUGAGAACAACAAGAACCUGACCCAUCGCGAAAUUUGCUCUCAGAUGUUCAAGCAAUACACCGACACUCUUGGCUUCACCGAGAUGCCCUGCCCCAGCAUCCAGUUCGCCCGCACCACGCGCCGCUUCGACAGCUCCGUUAUCCUCCAGACCUUCCCUGCCCCCGACAUCAACGUCGACAUGGAUGGCUUCCCCGCCUUUAACCGUGCCAACGACAAGGUCACGCCCUGGAAGGAGACCUCAUCGGACACGCCCAUUCUGAUUGAGAUGUGGCCGGGCGUGAACAAGACCGAGGACAAGCUGAGCAUCCGAUGCUCGUACAGCCAGGUGUGGCCCGGCUACGAGUUUAUGACGCCGGAAUGGGUCCAGGGUCUGCUCGUCACCUUUAACAAGGCCCUGACUCAGGUACUCACCAACCCCGACGGCACUUUUGACGUGGUCCAGAGCGCGACUGGUGAGCAAGACGCCAUGGACUGCUCCCCAUAA